AUGUCCAAAUCCACCGAGCAUGUCACGAGCACUCUGCAUAGCCAACACAGUACACUAUCAUUAUCGUCGGACAGUUCCAAUGAUGAUUCAAGUUGGAGCCCAGCCACUAUCUCUACCCAACCCACUGUCACAGAACCUAGCCGGACCUUCAUUAGUCCCCCCGCAACGCCCUCUGGUGGUGAUAACAAGGGUGGCACAGGGGCUAACCGAACAUCCCCAGACGCCCACCAGACCGGCCCUGCAUCCACCGUGACCACCGCAAACGCUGUGGCCUCGUUGCCUCUGAACACGAACAAUCCAUCAACAAUAUCGGAUGCGAAAUCAUACACAAGGUCCCCAGACAUUACUACAACUAGCCGAACAGUUGCCCUUCCGCCUGCAUCUGCCCCUUCAUCUGCGCCUUCUGCCUCUUCCACUUCUCGCUCUCCCCCUUCUCCGGUUCUUCUGCGGAUCGACGUUGCUUCCCCCGCCGAAUCUAUCGCACCACCUGCGCCCCCUCCCAAGUCGCCCAGGCACGUCACACACGGACGACCUCUUCCUCUUCCAACUGCGUCAUCUUCGUCCUCCAUGGGUAGUGGCCAGAGCAAACCAUCGCAUCCCCCUGCUGCGACACCCUCGAGCGUCCAGCAACCGCAGCGGUCAGCACCCCAGCAACAGCAACGUCUGCAGAAGCCACACCCGCAGACAGUCCCAGGAUCCCCGACGCAUGCGAUAGGGUCUACGUCCAAGAACACGCCGCCGCCGCAACUCUCUGCACCAAGUCCAUCCCAAACACGCGUUCGUUCACCAUCACCACAACCUUCUCAAACGCUACCGCCGCGAUCACAAACUCUUCACCCGCCCGCCCCGAUCAUCACGAGCACGUCACAGGCACCUUCUUCAGCCUCGAAUGGUCAACCAGACACACCGGUAUCGAUGGCGGGUUCGUUUGGGAGCGGUGCCUCAAAGUUUAUGCGGAAGAUUGCUGGACGAAGAAAGAAAUCGGAGGACGCUACGACGCUGUUUGGGAGGCAAGACGGUUCUCUCUCGCAACGCCCGUCUAAUUCGCAACUUGGCGCGGAUGCUGCUAACAAUGCCUGGGCUAACGUUCCCGGAGGAAUGUCACAUUCACAGAGUCCACCACAGCGGCAAGCGACUGCACCCCCAUCCACGACUUCUAUAUCUGGUCCUCCCAGUGGUGCGAAGAAGCACGUUCCAAGUCCAAUAGGAAUCCCGCCCGUGAAACCUACUGCAGUGGUUGCUUCACCCUCGGCCUUGUCGCCUACACCUGCACUCGGAUCCACCAGUGGAGCAGCGAAUAAUCGGACAUCGCUUAUUACUCUGAGCCCAGGUAUCUCGUCGGCAGUCAACUUCAUGCGAACCUUACCUUCCCCCUCUGAGGAGCAGAGUGAGGCGAAUCCGAUAAAGGAGGAGCACCGGACAGAAGAGACCGUUGCACAGCCAAUCGCAUCCCCAGUUUCGGCCAUUCCCCAGUCGGCGCCAGCGGGGUCUGCAACGCAUCCAGUCUCUUCACCGGAGAAGGAAGUCGAGCGAGAAGGGAAGGCGAGCAACGAGGCGAAAGAGACGUGGAGGAAGAGCGACUCGACGAUAGGCCAUCAUACGAUCCGGCAUAAUUGCAACGCCCGCACCUCUCGCCCAGUGUCCAUGGCGGAGUCGUUCCAAUCGGCGUAUACGAUCGUUCCAAGCGGCGGUCCAGGCUCUAUAGGAGGCGGAAAUAAACGCUGGAGCACGCUAACCGCGGAUAUGGAGUUUGGGGUCAUGGUGGAAGAAGACGGUGAAGAAGUGGACGAAGACCCGCGAGCGCCAAGACAACCAGUACCCACGUCCAGCGCAACCGUGGGGGCUUCCUCUAAGACGUCCUCGCACACGCCCUGUGCCAAACAGCAGAAUCGACGUUCUGUUUCCCUCAAUGUUGGAAUCAUGGGUUCUACGGCGGCGGAAGCUACACCGUCCUAUGUAUAUGCCAGUGGGACAAGCCAUGACGCGGCGCCUUUGUCACACUCGAUCUCGGAAUCUGGGGCGUUGUCAGCUUCCGCAACGAAAACAGCAUAUCAACUCCCGCCCUCAGGUACCACGACAGAAAAUGCUGCUCACCCCGCCAGGGCGUUUCCACAUCAACCGUAUCCUAUAGCCAGCCAACCAGGACAAAGCCACCCGUCCCAAUCGAGAACAUCGGCUGUGGGUGGCUCACGCUCCAGUUCCCUUUAUAACCACGGUCAGCACCAGCCUUCAUCCUCUCCUGGUCACCAAGCCUCGUCGAAUAACCUUCGUGGACGCCUCACUGCUUGGACGGCUGGUCCGACCGGUAAUCCUGGAGCUAGCCAACCUUCGCGUAACUCUACUUUGCCCCCGCCAUCAUCAAUGCCACCUAUGUCCAAUUCCACCCAGUCCCAUGGUCCGCCAGCCACCCGCCCAACGACGAUAAGCAUAACGAACAGUCUUGCUCCCGCAGCGGGUCUUGCGAAGCGAGCUGCAGAGAAGCUUGGUGGUUUUGGCAAGAAGUGGGGCCUUAGCACCUCAUCAUCAGGUUCAGGAUACUCAUCCUCUGCUUCGAGUAGAGACGCUGGAUCGUACUGGUCAUCCCAAUCCCAAGUGGACCAUGGACACGGCGCGCCCCUGGCUCGAACCAAUUCCAACCAAUCGUCUUUGGCGUCGAGCAUGAAGAGCGGGCAUGGCAGUUUGAGCAGUAGCUUUGGGGAGAUCGUGCACCGGGUGCAGUUACCGUCGAGGGACAAGAAGGAUCGUAAAAAGAGGAGGACACCCAACGCCCCGUCCGGAGCCUACAGCAUGACCUCCAGUAUCACCAGCACCAGUACCUCAGAGUCGGAUGUUUUCUUCCCCUCUAAUGCGCCAGUGUUGGGUGUCAUGAUGCGGGGUCCAUUGCAGACACAACAAAGCGGGGCCCCCAUCGGUGGCGUCGUCUUCGGCCGUAGUUUGCAGACUGUUGUCAGUCAAACCCGUGCUGUGUUGUCGAUAUCGAAAGAAAAGGAGCCGGCCAACAGGAUAGAGGGGGAUCGGGAACGUCUGGUGAAGGACCUCGAGCAUAGGAUGUUGCCUGCACUGGUUGUAAGAUGUGCGCAGCAUCUAUUGCUAUGGGGAGUGCAGGAGGAGGGAUUGUUUCGUGUCAGUGGUCGUGCAUCUCAUGUAUUGAAAUUGCGGUCGGAGUUCGACACCGGUGUCGACUAUGACAUGACAAGCUGCAGUCCUGGAGACCUGGAUCCUCACGCUGUGGCAUCGGUAUUCAAGGCGUACCUGCGAGAACUACCAGAGGCAAUUUUGACCCACAGAUUGCAUCCUCUUUUCGAAGCGGCGGUGACCCAGGAAUUGGAGACCUAUCCUCCCACACCCGCUGCCCCCACGAAGAUCACAACCCGAGCACCUGGUCUUCCUUCGAAUCCCAGAUCUGGGAUGAAUGCACCAGCUAUGCGCAAACCCCCGUCACUUUCGACUCUCGCGAUGCCUUCCUUCAAUGGCAUGCCACCGGCUUCCAAGACACUGCUCACCAAGCUCAGAUCUUUAAUUUCUCAACUACCUGUUGAGAAUCGAGAUUUGAUUUAUACCGUGGUUCAAUUGAUCAAGGCAACCUAUCAGGCGAGCAAGGAUACGAAGAUGCCCCUCAGCAACCUGUUGCUUGUGUUCUGUCCAAGUUUGAACAUGAGCCCGCCGCUCUUGAAAGCGCUUUGCGAGUCUCCAGGAAUCUGGGAUCCGAUUCCGGAAGAGGAAGUCAUCGAUAUUCGACGACAGACCAUUGUCAUUAGCGCGCAGAAUAUGGAGUACAACAGUCAGCCUGCGGCAGAGGAUGGCGACGAGGCCGAGAAGCAAAGUUUAUCAAGCCUUCCUUCAGAGCAUCCAUCGGAGUAUUACGCCUCCGUCGAGAGCUCUCUUGUCUUGGACAACCCCGACAAGAGCCAGCGGCCACCAGUACCGACAAUCUACCUCGAUAGCCUGAGUCACUGCUCGUCUUCAUCCUUGUCCUCUACCCAGGAGGUUGAAGUGCCCGCAUCCAUCCCUUCGCCUCCACCUCUGUCGUCCUCCGCGGAAUCCAUCUUGACCCCGACUUCCUCUGGGCACCCAUCCCUCUCUCAUCUUCCACUUGACGCGAAGGGUACCCUUAGUCGGAAAUCCUCGACCAACGACCUUCCCCAAAUCAGGGAAGGUGCUCCCCUCGUCGUUUGUAUUGAAGGCCACCGAAAGCGCUCUGUCCCUGAGCUGGUCACGGAUGAACGUGUGCAGUUCCCGGCUAGUCCCCCCAUUCCGCCCUCGCCGAGUUCGAUUAGGCGUCGAUCACUCGCUCUUCUCUCUCUUCCCGCGUUCCCAUCCUCGACUCCCUCACAAGACCCAACUUCCCCCGACAGUCCUGGCCCUGGUUUGAGGGGCAAGAAGCCGUCACUUCGUCGGUUGUUCACCAAACGCUCGACAGCAUCUCUGAGUUCGAGCUCGAGCUCUGCGAAUCUCAGUGCCAGUGCAAAGGCUCGAAGUUCGGUUCCUCUUCAAUAUUCUCCAGGCUUGGCCACCUACACGCCCCCAACUCCUCGAUCUGCGACUGAUUCGUCCGUAUCAACGCCCCUGUCGGCUGUCACUGCCCCGCAAUCUAGCACGUCUCUACUGCCUCCCGUUUUGGACAUGCAGAUCGAUGCUGGGGAGUCCCUGGCAGUGGACCUUGGCUUCGAGUUGUCGGACAUCCCUUCACCUAGGUUCCCGCUUGGAACGGGUGGGACUGAGACGACGUUCUAUGCAUCGGCCGUCAGUUCUCAGGUAUCGGUUGUGACGGGCGGCUCUUCGGGAGGGGAUGACUCCCGGGGCCCGUAUACAAGGCAGAGGAAUGUGUCCACCGCCUCGUCGAACCAUUUGGGUUUGUUGGACGAGGUCGAUGCGGAAGAAGAUGAUUGGACACGGAGCGUGUUGGCUGCCGCUGGUGCGACCAAGGCAUAAAGGUUCUCUCGCGCCAUACCUCCCUUCUCUCCGAGAGAGAUUUAUAUCUCCGUACUCGCUGGUCGGUUGGAGAUUCCUAUUGGUGCUAAUCGAAAUUCGUCUUCCCCUCGCUCCUUUCGAAUUUCGCAUUUCGCAUUUCUAUUGGACAUUUUUCCUUUCCUCUGCGAUGCAUGCUCCCGUGCAAGACCCCGCAUCAUGUAGAACAGUGCAAUCCCUUUUUUUCUUUUCUUUUUGAUUCGCGCAUGUUUAUUCCGAUACCCUGCAAGUUACAUGUUUCCUCCCUUUUGGUCUAUUGCAGUAGUCGUCACCUCACAUCGCUAUCCUUGCCUCUACUAUUCCUCAAAAUUUUUGGGUUCGUUUGUAUAAUCUUCGGUCAUCAGUUAGAUGGUCGCUCCUUGUGUCACACUCUUCUAUAUCUUCUCCCUAUGAAAAUGU